AUGAAUCAUCCAAAAGCUUAUUUCACUACUCCUUUGUCAAGUAUGGCUAAAAUACCCCCUUUUGAUACAAAUAACCAAAUAGAUGAAUUGGAUGAAUGGGAUGAAGAGUGUGAAGGGGAAGAUGUGCAAACUUAAAAGUCUCCUUUAACAAUCAUUCAAUCUCGUCUUAAUGCUACAAUUAUAGAAGAGUUUAUAAUUCAACCAACCAAUUAAUAGCUGAAAAAGUAGGAUUGGAAAGAUUAAUUCAUUUGGCUCUGA